ACCACUCUUCCUCUACACAGUUAUCUCAAUCAGCACAAGUCAUGUCUGGAGUCAAAGGAAAUGUGUCUGGAGUCAAAGGAAAUGUGGGGCACUGUCCAAAACCUCAGCAACCAACCCUGGUGAAAGAAUCUAGUUGUGAAGUUACUGAGGUUUCGCCUGAGCCUGUGUCAACCUGUAGAAACCCAGUUACUGAGGUUUCACCUAAGCCUGUGUCAACCUGUAGAAACCCAGUUACUGAGGUUUCACCUAAGCCUGUGUCAACCUGUAGAAACCCAGAGGUUUUGCCUGACCCUGUGCCAAUCUGUGAAGAACAAGACAUAGAACAAGUCACUCCACAACCUUCUGCUCCUCUGCCUGUGACACCACAGCCAUGCACAUACCAACCCACUGAUACCCAGGAGAAGAAAGGAGUCAAGAAGUAAAGUGAUUGUCUCUGGUGAAGAUGGGCUUUCCUUCACAACAACAUAGCAAAAAUUGUUAAUUUCCCCUUCUUCAUAUAAAUUAUGUUACUGUACAUUAAACUAUAGUAA